AUGGAUUACAAUCUUAUCACUGGAAAUAUACCACGAACAAUUGGUAAUUUGCAGAGCUUGGUCCAUCUAUCCUUUGCACAUAACAAACUGUCAGGGCAAAUCCUGGAUACUAUUGGUAAUCUGGUUAAGCUAAAUUCUCUGAAAUUGGAUGGGAACAACAUUAGCGGAAGGAUACCUGCAAGUAUAGGACGCUGUACUCAACUCCAAAUACUCAACCUUGCUCACAACUCGCUAGAAGGGAAUAUACCAAGUGAAAUCUUCAAAAUUUCUUCGCUUUCUGAAGAGUUGGACUUGUCACACAAUUACCUAUCUGGGGGAGUACCAGUGGAAGUUGGCAAUCUCAUUAUUGUGAACAAAAUUAGCAUAUCAAAUAACAGGUUGUCCGGCAACAUCCCAUCCACUCUUGGCCAGUGUGUGGUUCUGGAGUACUUAGAUAUUUCUCAGAACAAUUUGUCCGGAAAGAUUCCACAGUUCCUCACAUCCUUAAGUUCCCUGCAAAAUCUCAACUUAUCCUUCAACAAUUUUGAUGGGGAGGUUCCGAGAGGUGGUAUUUUUUACAAUGCUAGUGCAGUGUCAAUUGAAGGAAAUGAUGAUUUGUGUACCAGCAUUCCAACAGAAGGUAUACCUCUUUGUUCCACACUAGCUGACAGAAAAGGAAAACAAAAUUCCUCGGCUCUAGUCCUACGGAUAGUAACUCCAAUAGUUGCUGUUGUUAUAUUAAUUUUGUCAUGCAUUGCGACAAUUUACUGGAGGAAGAGGAUGCAAGCAAAUCCACACUUGCAGGAAUUUGAUGAGCAUUUAAAGAAGAUAUCAUAUGAAGACAUUGUAAGGUCAACAAAUAGGUUUUCUCCAGAAAACCUAAUUGGAUCAGGAUCAUUUGGAGUGGUUUACAAGGGCAGUCUGAAGCUUCAGAAAGAUCAAGUUGCCAUCAAGAUUUUCAACCUUAACAAUUGUGGAGCAAAUAGGAGCUUUAUUGCAGAAUGUGAAGCCCUGCGAAAUGUCCGUCACCGAAAUCUUGUAAAGAUCAUCACUUCAUGUUCUUCUGUGGAUUCUACUGGGGCAGAUUUCAAGGCCCUGGUGUUCCGGUACAUGCCGAAUGGGAACCUAGAAAUGUGGCUACAUCCAGAAGACCUUGAACAUGGUGAGAGACAUAUCCUGACUUUAAGCCAAAGGAUCAAUAUUGGCUUGGAUGUAGCAUUUGCUUUGGAUUACCUUCAUAACCAAUGUGCAUCUCCAUUGAUACAUUGUGACAUAAAGUCAAGCAAUAUUCUUUUGGAUCUUGAUAUGGUUGCGCAUGUCACUGACUUUGGCCUGGCAAGGUUUCUAUUGAGCGCAUCAAAUGCAUACAAAGAUAGUUCAAGAAGUCUAGCCUGCCUAAAAGGAUCCAUCGGAUACAUCCCACCAGGCGAGUUUAAGGAUCUCCUCAGUAUGUUAGAUUGUUGGGUCUGUUUGUUCUUUACAGAGUUGAACAAAUACUGUAGAUAA